UAAACAAACCGGUACUGAACAGCAUGUUGACCCUUGUUUCACCCAAUGGGGGGAAUCUUUAGAUCCGCGCACCAGUCGAACCGGAAGUUCCAUUGUUUGGGCUCCUUGGAGAAAAAAGACACGAGAAAACAGAAGGAAUAGAAGAUAAAGAGAGAAAGAAAGCGGAUUUUCUGCAUUUUGCCAAUUGCAUGUCGACCAGCAACAUACCGUACGGGGCUUAUAGCCAGCCUGAAAUACUAGAACCAUCAUGUCUUUCACCACAAAACAACAAAGACAAUGACGUGAAUACCACUUGAACCACCAAAAGGAUAAUAAACCACAAACAGAGACACAACCACAAUUUCAGCAAUCUCCAGACCGAUCACAGCACAUUGAGAGUUACUAUCGCACAACUGUCCAUGUAGCAUCUCCUGGCCAACCACAGCCCGUUGAGUGUUAUUAUCAUGCAACUGUCAAUAUAACAUAUACAGAACGGAAUCCACCCAUUCAGGAAUACCAUCGCACAACUGUCUGUAACACAUUCCAGCAGGAUCAGCAUCGCAAUGAAUCACAGUCCGCAGGAACAACGUCAUUGGGACCAAAAACUAAACAGACAAACUCAACAACAGAACAGUUACGUCUCAUUUAUUCACGAACAGCCAGAUUCGUAUUACUUGGAGACACAGCACAAAACACAACAGCAGACAGCACAACUUUAUCAAGAACCAGAGCCGCAGAACUUUCUAUUCCAGAACAACACCAAUCAUGCUCCAAUACAACACCACACCAAUCAUGCCCCAAUACAACACCACACCAAUCAUGCUCCAAUACAACACCACACCAAUCAUGCCCCAAUACAACACCACACCAAUCAUGCCCCAAUACAACACCACACCAAUCAUGCCCCAAUACAACACCACACCAAUCAUGCUCCAAUACAACACCACACCAAUCAUGCCCCAAUACAACACCACACCAAUCAUGCUCCAAUACAACACCACACCAAUCAUGCUCCAAUACAACACCACACCAAUCAUGCCCCAAUACAACACCACACCAAUCAUGCUCCAAUACAACACCACACCAAUCAUGCCCCAAUGUUUAAAACAGAACAGCAAGGAAUUUACAAACCACAGCCAGACCGAAACCAACAAUUGCAGGAACAUUGCCAAAAUAACCCAGAACCAAAACGAAAACAAUUACAUCCCAACCAUCAGGACCCACAUAUCCAAACACAAAGGCAAAAAGAACAGCUUCGAUUAGAAGCAAAGAGACUUCGGGAGCGCGAAAGCUACCAUAAAAACCCAGAGUCAAAGAGACUUCGGGAGCGCGAAAGAUACCAUAAAAACUUAGAGGCAAAGCGACUUCAACAGCGGGAACGUUACCAACAAAACUCAGAGGCAAAGCGACUUCAACAGCGGGAACGUUACCAUCAAAACUCAGAGGCAAAGCGACUUCAACAGCGGGAACGUUACCAUCAAAACUCAGAGGCAAAGCGACUUCAACAGCAGGAAUGUUGCCAACAAAACGCAGCGACAAAGCGACUUUGGGAGCGAGAAUCCUACAAACACGACCCGAAGCCGAAGCGACUUCGGGAGUGCGAAACCUACAAACACCACGCAGAACCAAAAAGAAACAGUGAAAAGUCAAAGCAUGCUGAAAAUCCUGCUUUACAAACAACUGCAAAGAAAAGACUAUACCAUCAGAACCUAAACAAAAAAAACAUUUGCUACAAAGUGAAACAAUUAGUAAACACAUACAAAAGGAAAAACAUUUUAAGACUCCAACGCCAAAAACAAUACUACAUCACACGACUUGUGAGAAGCUUAAAAGGCAGGAGUCAUGCUUCAAAACUCAUGACAGCAACAUAUCUUGUUGACCUUUCCAUCGAGGUCUCUUUGAAAAUGCAGAACAACCUACAACGUCAGUUUACUGCACUACAAAGCAGCACAUGUGUCUUUCUUAAACAAAUACAAGCACAGGAUAAUGUCUCCCAACAAGCAGAGAUGAUAUGUGGCCCAAGUCAACACACAUCACACACUGAGGCCUACUUUUGGGAAGGCACAUAUAAUAGCACUGUUCUAUCAUGCAUUCCCAUUGAUGAAAAAGGCCAAUGUCACAUUUUCCCUGAUGUGCCACUGAAAAAGGACAAAAAACAUGCUCAGCCUCAGCCACUGUCACAGGAAGACAACAGUGAAGAACACGGGCAACCAAAGGAAAAUCAAAGCACACACAAAUGGCAGUGCCAUAAAAACAUCUGUCAAAUUGACUUAAGCACUGCUCUUGUUCCAUGUGUACUGGACAUCCUUGAGAGCAUUGUUUCAGAGGACCCAAAACAUGCACGUACAUUUAUGGACACAUUUGAUGACUGUGCAAAUGAGGCUUUUCACUCAUCCAACAAAGCUGGUCAUCCCAUUAGCUGCUACAUGUAUAGGAGCACUUGUAAAUCAUCACUCCGUUACCUCCGUACCCUUGGCUGCCAUUUUCCACGUGUAAGAAAACUUGUACAUAACAUUUAUUCUGUGGUUACAGUGUACCGCCAAAUAACAUCUUUGCAAAAAGCCUUGGAAGAUGGUGAUGAGCACACUAUGACAGAACUGUGCAAACCUUACUUGAACACACCGGACGUGCAUCCCCAGGAACAUCCAGAGUUUUUACUGAGUGACGCAUCCAUUCUCACAAAAUAUCAUGCACAAUUUCUGACUUACACACAACUCUCCGCUGAUACACCAAAACACGCUUGUGCUUCUUGUGACAAGCUGUGCCACAGAAGAGAAUGUGUUCAAAUAGCUACCAUGCAAACAACACCAGACAAUGACAAGUGGCUGAAUCUCAUGGUUUACUUAGAUAGAACCAACACACCAGCACAGUAUGUCUGCCACUACUGCCUGCAAAAGUUUCGCACCAACAAACUGCCACCCCGAUGUGUCCUCAACCAAAUGGCCGUCCCCAGGAUCCCUACUGAAAUUUCAUGCCUCAAUGAUUAUGAAAAAAUUCUUAUUCAACGUGGAAAAGCUUUUCAAACUGUCUCAAGAAUAUCUCCAGUUUCCAGUAGCAAGAGGUUGCCUCACCAACAGAGAGUUCAGAAAAUGCAUGGCCGAACCUUUCACCUGCCAUUGCCUCUUCAGGAAACACUGAGCAAACUACCCCCGCCAAACCAAGCCUUGCCAGAUGACAUGGAACUCCACAUCCUGGUAUGCGGUGCACCAACAAAAUCCAAAACUGUUUUGGAAGACAUUGUGGAUCUCAAUAAAGUGUAUAAUGCUUUACAGAAGUUGAAGGAAAUCAAUCCUUUUUACAAAGACAUCAGCUUGCCACAAAACUCUGUUAACUUGCUUUCUAAUCAUAACUUGAAUGUAUUUCAAUGUCAUUCUGACAAUGAAGACCAAGGUGAAGAUGAAAUCACUGUCAAAGCAACAACCAAAGAACAACCUCACCCCAAAGAACCUUUAUUAUGUAAGGUUGAACCGGAGGAAGAGGCUGUCAUUUACCGCAAUUACACAAUACAUCCCAUACACAGUGAAAGAAAGAAAGGUACAGCGACUGCUCUUUACCAAAUGCUUCACAUACAGGAUGACGCUCUGGAAGACUGGGAGAAAAAACUAGACCUCCUGUGUUUCCCAGACCUGUACACUCAUGGAAUUCAUGGAAUGCAUGCUGAACGGAUGCCCCGUUUGAAUCCAACAGAGUUUGUCAAAGCUCGCCUUCAGUCAUGCCACGCACAAUUCAGGCUCAAUCAACAGUAUAUCUUUCACCUGCAGCAUGAGGCCAAUCUUCGCCAGAUUAACGGAGGUUUUUACCACAAGCUGAAGAUGCACCAUCCCCAGGAACGUAUGACUGCAGCACAGUGGUUGCAACAGAUGUCAAAUGACAACCUUGAAUCUGAUCUUACCACCAUUUACUCCCGUUUAAAGAACACUCCACAAUACUGGCGUAAACCAAGAAAUGAUGUGGAAGCUAUGACUCAAGCAUACGGAGCAGCAACAUGGUUUGUCACACUGAGUCCUGCAGAAUGGACCUGGACUGACCUGGGACAAUACAUAAAGGAGGUGAAUGGACCAGGCUUUGCAAACUUACCUAUCAGUGAACUUGUUGCACGAGAUCCUGUCAGUGCAUCUCGGUUCAUGCACAACAAGUUUCUUGCAAUCUUGAAUUUUAUCACAUCUCCAAAUGGUCCUCUGGGGAAAGUUACACAUUACUUUUGGCGCAGAGAAUACCAGGGUCGUGGAAUGCAGCACUUCCACAUGCUUCUUUGGGUGGAAGAUGCACCACUUAUUGGUGUUUCCCCCAACUCACAAAUUGCAAAGUAUAUUCAUGAACAUGUCACCUGUGCCAUUCCAAAUGACUUGAUAGCACCUGUACUCAGAGACCGGGUCUUGAAAUGGCAGCAACAUAAAUGCAACAAGUACUGUCUAAGAUCCAAGAAAACCCCAAACAAGGUGGUGACAGUUUGUCGCUUUGGAUUUCCCAGAAAAGAACAAACCAUUGUGGUAAUCCGAGAUGUGGCUGAGGCCAUUGCUGGACGGAAAGGACUAAAUCCUCAUAGUAGACUCUAUGAUCUCCCACGGAGUAGUACAGAAGUCAGAAUCAAUGAUUACAAUCCAGCCAUUUUGCUAGCUUGGGAAGGCAAUAUGGAUAUCCAGUUCAUUGGCGAACAAUCUACAGCCCUCAACCGCUACAUUACAAAAUACCUCUCCAAACCUGAGAAGAGUUACCCCUUUAGCAUCAUGAAUGACAUCAACUCAAACAAGUCUCUGACCAGCAGACUGUGGAAUGUUGCACUCCGCAGUUUGUCCAACAGAGAAUGUGGUGCACUUGAAACAGCAGACAACCUCCUAGGCUUACCUCUCUAUGGCACAGAUCCGCAGACAACCAUCAAGUGGAUUGAUGUAUCAAAGGUAUCUAGCCGCCGGCUGAAAUCCAAAGAACACGUUGACAUGCUAGCAAAAGAAAAUCCUGACUCAACUGACAUCUACUUCCCUUCCUGGAUUGACUCCUACUACCCAAAACGUCCGGAGGCUCUGCAAGACAUGAGCCUCUAUGAUUUCAUUGCAUGGCAUGAUGUGGUGACAGAGAAGCCCAAAAAUGAAAACAUCCCUUGUUACAUGUUUCCCUUUGGGUACAUCAAAAAAAGACGCAUCCCCUACCUAAUCAAUCAUUACCAUUACAGUGUACAAGACUGCCCAGAGGACUACUACUAUGCUAUCCUCCUACUUUUCAAGCCAUGGAAAGACAGAAGAGAUCUUCUUUCUGAAGGGUGUCAUUCCUAUGUGGAAGCCUUCCGUGCAUGUAAGGAUAACCUGCAAAAAGCUAUGGCCUAUCAUGACCAACUACAACAAAUAGCUGCAGCUGAUGAGGAGGUAACUCGACUAGUAGAGAAAAAACAAAAGGAAAUAGAGGCUGAACAGGACAAUGACCUUCAAACAGAAGAACCUGAAAAUCCAGUUUGCUUUGCUCCUCUGCAGGCCGCAGAGGCAGUGGCUGAAUUCAGGGAUGUGGCGGCACUACCUCUUCUACAAAAUGUACAAGACAUGCUCACGCGCCUUAAUAAAGAUCAGCAGAGAGUGUUUGACCACAUUGCCAAAACUUUGCAACAACAAACUGAAGCAAACGCCUCCAUCCUCCGCAUGUUUGUGAGUGGCACUGGAGGCACAGGGAAGACUUUUCUCAUUCAAACUGUCGCAGCAUGGGUGAGACAGAGCCUGGGAAAAGAAGUGGCAAUCACAGCACCCACUGGAGUUGCAGCUCACAAUAUCAAUGGGAUGACCAUUCACAGACUACUAAUGCUUCCAGUGGAGCAUGGAAAAACACCAGUGUAUCGUAACCUCUCUGAUGAGGUACUGCAAUGCCUUCGUACAGACAUGCGAGACGUGACCCUCCUCAUUAUUGAUGAGGUGUCCAUGAUUACCAAUGUCACUUUAUUGUACAUCCAUCUUCGUCUGUGUGAGAUUUUCCAGACUGCUAACACAGAUGAUGGCUGGUUUGGAAAAAUCAACAUCUUACUUCUGGGGGAUUUGUUACAGCUUCCACCUGUGCAUGAGAAUCCACCUUAUGUGCCAGUUACUCAAGAGGAAUUGCACAAACUGACUGGCUCCAUGGGAUCUGUGGAUCUGUGGAAUUUAUUUGCAUAUGAUGAACUCACAAUCAAUAUGCGCCAGAAGCAGGACAGGACUUUUGAAAACCUCCUUAAUCGUGCCCGACUUGGAGCCACCAACCAAGCUGAUCACAGAUUGUUGACUUCACACUUGAUACCUAUGGAAAGAGGCGAUCUUUCCAGUUACAAAAAACAAAUUAUCAAACACAUGAAAGACUUGGAUGCCAAGGAUCCAAGCUCAACCUGCAUCAUGCCUACUGUAGAUGCCUGUAACCAGAUCCAGACUGUCAUACUUGAUAGUAUGCCAGGAGAGGACAUUCAUCUUAUGGCAAUUGACACUGUGGACUGCCCUCGUAACUUCCGAAGAAAUGUGCUGAAAAAAAUGAACGCCUGCAAGGCUGACUGCAGUCAGGCAGCUGGACUGGAAACUAUCAUACGAGUCAAAAUAGGAUGCAAACUGAUGCUUCGCAAGAACAUUGACACUGGUCUCAUCAAUGGGGCAAUAGGGAAGCUUCAAGCUGUUUCCUACCAUCUGGAAAACACAAGUAUGGUCAAAACCAUAACCAUCAAAUUUAACAAUGGAGUCACCCAUACCUUUGAACGCAUGCGCUCAAAGUUUGAAAUCAUGGACAGAGUCUACAUUGUUCGAGAGCAGUUCCCAGUCAUUGGUGCUCAUGCAAUCACCAUUCACAAAUGCCAGGGGAUGACUCUAAAUACAGUUAUGAUGGAUCUUGGUAACUCCAUUUUUUCCUGUGGACAAAGUUUUGUUGCACUUUCCAGAGUUACAUCCUUAAGUGGUGUCCACCUUAUCAACUUUGACCCCACCUGCAUUAAGGCACUUCAAACUGCAGUUGUAGAAUACAAUAGGCUCAGAGGGAUUUAUUGCCCUACGUUGAUAAGCAUGAAGGAGACCAACACACACAAGGGACAAAAGGUAAAAGACCGUGUGCAUUUCAUUCACCAAUCCAUCACUCAUGUCCAGGAACAGCAAAAGCCUCAAUCUUCUAAGAGAACACUUGCAGUUACACAUCCAUUCAGAGGCUUGAGCAAUCCGAAUUUCACCUCAUGCUAUGCAAAUGCAACAUUGCAAUGCCUUCUUCACUUGCAACCCCUGAAGGAUUCAUUAAAACACAGCCAGCAUGAGCCUAUCAGAAACUUUGUUCGCAAUUAUGACCACUUGCCACCCACUGCAUCUUUAACUACUGUGGACAUAUGUCACUUUUUAGGAGAACCCUUCAAUAGAGGUGAGCAGCAAGAUGUUGCAGAGUUUCUCACCAAAUUGUCUCACAUUUGUCCUGAAGUAUCUCGCAUGGUUUCAGUCACCAUAAGUCAUGACAUUCUAUGUACCAGAUGUAGGUACCGCUCAUCAAACCGAGAGGUGUUGCAUGUUUACCCUCUACAUAUACCUGCUGGGACAGAUUUCAUGUGUUUGGAAGAACUCAUUCACAGAAAUAACAAAUGGGCAAUGAUUCCUGGUAGCAAAUGUAGGCAAUGCAACACUUCUCCAAUCAUGAAACGUCAACUUAUUCAAUCAGCAGGAAGAAUGAUUGCAGUCCAACUUAUGUUUUGGGAAACCAAACCAGAUGGAACUGUUACAAAGCGACAUGAUGCCAAGUUUACUGCUGUGCAUAAGAGUAAAAUUAAUGUGGAUGACAGGAAUUACCAAUUAUCUUCCAUUAUCAUACACCAGGGACAGGGUGUUGAUUCAGGACACUAUGUGUCUGUUCUUGCAGUGGGUGCUACUUGAAAAUGGGUGCAUGCAAAUGACACACUCAUUGAAGUCAAAUCAUGGCCAAGAAAUGCAAAGGACAUGUAUAUGGCCUUUUAUGAAGAGAUCUAAUGCUUUACAAAUGACUUCUAUUGGGCUAUGUUCAUAACUCCACUAUAUCAUGGAGAAUACUGUUUUGUUUCAAGCAUUAUAAUCUCUUCGUAUAAUGCUCUUUAGCACUGACGUUCAUACGUACCUUUUUAACCAUUCAUAACAUUUUACUUUUGUACCUGUGUAAAAAUCAAGUUACCCAAAAUAUUCAUUGUUUUUACCACUGAUGGAUGUACAUUUGCAACCAAAAUAAUAAAAAAUCUUUAUACACUUACAACACUGUCAAAAAGUCCCUUCUAUACCACUAUCUUACUUUCAAAUCUUUUCUCAUUACUGUUAUUUUACUUCACGUAUUACUCUCGUGGCUUGCCAGCCUGUCUGUCUGUCUGUCUGUCUGUCUAUCUGCCUGCCUGCCUGUCUGUUUGUCUGCAUGUCUGUCUGUCUACCAUACACAUUCUCGAAUAUCUUUCCCUCGCUUUAUUCAUUAUCUGUUGAAGUAAAAAAAAGAAGUGAUAUCUAUAACAAAAACAUUGUCAAUGUAAAAAAAACAAGUUAGAAAAACGCAACAGCCAUUUAAGG